GUGUCUAUGAAAGAAAAGUAGCAGUUUCUACAACUUAGAGUGUAUUGGUUCUAGGUGACAUUACAUUCCCUUGUAGUACAAUGGCAUCUUCCAGAGUGAUUUACCUUCUCUGUCUCCUUGUCAUGCUCAUAUCUCAAACCAACGCCCAGCCAAGUUUCUUAUACCAUUUCUGCAUGUAUGAUGAAGGCAACUACACUGCAAAAACAGUACCUACCAGACCAACCUCAACACCCUCUUGUCAAGUUUGUCUUCCAACCACACACAAAUUGAUUAUGGCUUCUACAAUUUCUCUCAGGGCCAAAACUCUGACAAAGUUAAUGCAAUUGGGAUGUGUAGAGGAGAUGUUGAGCCAGAUGUUUGUCGAAGCUGCCUUAAUGACUCCAGAGUCAUUCUCACACGAAGUUGUCCAUACCAGAAAGAGGCUAUUGGCUGGUAUGACAAUUGCAUGCUGCGGUACUCAAACCGUUCGAUAUUUUCUCCCCACAUGUAAACAUUGGGGGUUUUUAUUUACGGGAAAGAGCAACACAACACCAAUUGUCAUUGCGGUAGUUGUGUUAAUUGUAGCCAUCGCUGUACUAGUCAUCUCUGUGUGCAUCUUCUUAAGAACACGGAAGCAAAGGACUGAAAGGAGACGACAUAUUGAUGAUACUGAUACUGAAGAUGACAGUGAAAUUGAACCUGCUGAUAAAAUGCAUUUCAACUUUGAGACCAUAAGAAAGGCUACAAAUAACUUUUCCGACUCAUAUUCUAGGACAAGGAGGAUUUUGACCUGUUUACAAGGGUAAGCUUUCCAAUGGACUAGAGGUUGCUGUGAAAAGGUUGUCUACAAAUUCAGGACAAGGGGAGACAGAAUUCAAGAACGAGGUGCAGUUGGUGGCCAAGGUACAACACAGAAAUUUAGUCAGGCUACUUGGUUUCAGUUUGGAAAGAGAAGAGAAGUUACUGGUCUAUGAGUUUGUUCCCAAUAAAAGCCUUGACUACUUUAUUUUUGGUAAGAACUUUUCUUGAUGUGAUGGCAGUGGCACCUUCACUGAUAAUUCAGUUCUGCUGAAUGGUAAGUGCAUAAUUUCUGUAGAGAUGGUUAAAAAUUUUAUAUCUUGACAUGGGUUUGCAGAUCCAGUUAAGCUUGCACAUUUAGAUUGGGAAAGGCGGUAUAAAAUCAUAGGAGGCAUUGCCAAAGGCCUUCUUUACCUUCAUGAGGAUUCAAGACUGCGUAUUAUUCAUCGCGAUCUCAAAGCAAGUAACAUUCUCUUAGAUGAAGAGAUGAAUCCUAAGAUAUCGGAUUUUGGAAUGGCAAGAUUGUUUGCUGUGGAUCAAAGUCAAGGUAACACAAGUAGAGUUGUGGGAACAUUAGGAUAUAUGGCUCCUGAGUAUGUCAGGGAAGGAUUACUCUCAGUGAAGUCAGAUGUUUAUAGCUUUGGCAUACUGGUUCUAGAGAUUGUAAGUGGCCAGAAAAACAGUGGCUUCCAUAACGGAGAGUAUCUAAUAAGCUUUGUCUGGAAAAACUGGGGAUUUGGGUUUGGCACCCCACCCUUUAGGCUACGCGCCCCAGCAUUUUUUUUUUAUUCCAAAACUACCCAUCGGUAAAUGAUUUGCCGAUGUCAAAAUACCAAUCGGUAAAUCAUUUACCGUUAUUGUUCCUCAGUAUGAACACCUUCAUCCCAUUACCCAGAACACGAAGAACAAUAUCGGUUAAUAAUUAACCGAUUCUAAUAUUGUAUCGGUAUAUCAUUUACCGAUUUGUAAUCUGGAAGUUUGAUCACCUUUUCACCAUUACUCCUCCCUCCACCAACCCCUCCACCAUUACUCCUCCCUCCAACAACCCCCCACCAGCCCCCCAUAACUCGCCCAAACUACCUUAUUCUCCAUUACUCCACUCCUCCCUCACAUUUCACCUUCCCACCACCACCACCAUCUCCACAUUUCCACCACCACCACCACCAACACCACCACCACCAAGGGAAAGCUUUUAACUUCUGGGAUGACAGAGUCAUUUUUCUUUGGUGAAUCACAAUUGAUACAUGCUGCUGGAUUGGAAAAUGAUAAUCCAGAGGAGCAACCAUCACUAGCUGAACCUCCGAUUAUAUCUAUAGAUGUCUCUCAUUUGUAUCAUACUGAUCAGUGUUUCCCUUUGAAAGAUGAUCUUAUGAAAUGGGUUCGCGACAUUUCUAUGGCAAAUAAUUUUGUUUUGGUGACAACAAAGUCUGAUAGUGGUGCGAAGGGAAGAAAAGAAUAUGUCAUUCUGGGGUGUGAGAAGCAUGGUGCGUAUAUUCCCUACAGAGAACCGGAUCUUGUUGAAGGAACGUCAACACAAAAGACAGGUUGUCCUUUUAGGCUAAAAGGACGACGUACGAAAGAUGAUAAAGGUUGGUGGUUGAAGGUGAUGGACGGUAGACACAUCCAUCUCGCAGCUGAGUCACUAGUUGGCCACAAUUACGCUGGUAGACUGAAUAGUGAGGCGAAGGAGGACGUGAUAAAUCAGGCUAAGACUUGGGUUCCACCUAGAAAGAUGUUGGCGUCCUUGAAGGAAAAAGAUCCUUCAAACUUGACUACCAUCCAACAAAUUUAUGGUGUUUGCAAGCGGUUCAGACAAUCCGUUCGUGGGUCACUGACAGAGAUACAAUACUUGUUGAAGAAGUUGGACGGUGAGAAGUAUGUUCACUUCGAACGAAAUGAACCCGGAUCGGAAGUGAUUAGAGAUAUAUUUUGGGCUCAUCCGAAUGCCGUCAAACUUUUCAACACAUUCCCAUAUGUAGUGAUCAUGGAUUGCACAUACAAGACCAGCAAAUACAAACUACCCUUGCUCGAGAUUGUUGGCCUGACCUCCACGGAUAAAACAUACUCAAUAACAUUCUGUUACAUUGGCAGUGAGACCACAGAGGACUACAUUUGGGCAUUGGAGUGUAUGAAGUCUCUGAUUUCCGACCAAUCCAGGUUGCCUAGAGUGAUUGUGACGGACAGAGAUCUUGCUUUAUUGAGUGCUGCUUCACAAAGCCUUCCCACCACCACCCAUUUACUAUGAUUGUGACACAUCAACAAGUGUGUUUUGGCAAAGUGCAAAGAGUAUGUUGGCACGGAUGAUUUUGCUCAAGAGGUUAUGGACAAGUGGGCCGAAUUGGUAGAUGCUCCAACAGUUCCAGAAUUUGAAGCUCAUUGGAUUGAAUUGUUUAACAUGUGCAAGCAUAAACACAAGUUGAAAUUUGCCACUUAUUGUUCUACUACAUGGUUGGUCCACAAGCAAAAAUUUGCCAAGGCAUGGACAAAUCAUGUGAUGCAUUUUGGAACAACAACAAGUAACAGGGCUGAAGGUGCACAUGCCAGCUUGAAGUUGAUGUUGCGGAACAGUAAGGGUGACCUGGCCACAUCAUGGGAUGCGUCGCAUAGUUUGACCACCAAUCGCCACACUGAGAUAGUAGCAUCGUUUGAGCGCAGUAUGAAUAAAAUUGAUCACCUUUUCAAGACCCCUUUCUACACAAAUAUUAGGGGAUUUGUGUCAAUCAAAUGCCUGAAACUCAUUGAUGCUGAACUGACAAGAAUGCGAGCCUCCGGCGGCAGAUGCGAUUGCUUAUUGAGAGAGACUCAUGGACUACCUUGCGGUUGUCAACUUGCAGAUUAUGAGAGGAUUCCGUACGAGGCCAUUCAUCCAUUCUGGAAGAUCCUAAGUUGGGAGCAUAUACCUGUUGUAGAUACUGGCAGCUCAGAUAUUUGCGGACUAAACCAUGGAGAGAUGCACCCAGAAGUUGAGGCACUGACACGUUAUUUCCAUUCUUUGGAUACUGGAGGGCAGAGUAUGGUAAGGAGGAAGCUUCAAGCGAUAUAUUGUCCUGAAAGGAGUACACUAUGUACUCCUGAGCUUCGGAUAAAGUCCAACCGCACUCCUAAGUUGAAGGAGAGCAAACAACCCAAGGGUCGAGCAAUAGGAUCCUUGACUCGUGAUCCUUCAGCGUUUGAACUUACUGACAAGAAGAUUAAAGAGGAAAAGAAGUCUUCACAACCAGCAAAGAGGAAGAAGCGUGUGAAGAAGUCUGAUACAAGCCAUUUCAUGUGUAACUUUCCAGCCUUUCUCCAUCCAUAUAUUGGCACAAUUACAGAUGUUGAGGAUGAUGGUAACUGUGGCUAUAGAUCUAUUGCUGCAUUAAUGGGGCAUUCCGCCGGUCAGGACGGUUGGCCUUGGGUUAGGGCUACAUUGAUACAAGAACUUGAGACAAAUGUGUUAAUGUAUAAUAGGAUGUGGGGCACAGAUGUUGUUAAUGCCUUACAUAAUCGUCUCACUCUUCCUAUUGGUGACCCGGCCACCCCUGACAAAUGGUUUCAACUGCCAGAGAUGGGAUACCUUGUUGCCACAAAGUACCAAUUGGUUCUCGUAUCCUUAUCCUCUAUGGGUUGUAACACAUACUUUCCACUGAUAGGAGCCGGCCCACGAGAUGAGCAUUCUGUUAUAGCUAUUGGACAUGUGAUAAAUCACUGGGUACAGCUCCAAUUAACUGCUGGACAUCCUAUGCCGACUAUUGCUCCCCAGUGGGAUUGGCACGCUGAUCUUGCCUCCAAAUACUGGAGGAACCUAUAUCGUCCACGUUUAGACAUGUAUGAUGUACAAUUCCAUGCUUGGCUUGGUGCUUUUAGUGGUCAUGCGGACUAUGUGGACAUCACCACAGAUUGAAUGUUCUUGUAUUGUGUAAUAUUAAUUUGUAAACUCUCUGUAAUUUGGUAGAAUGUGGCCCUUAUCACAGGUUGUUGUUAAUGAUGAAAACCUAGACAUCAUCGUAGAUUGGCAGGUUCAUGCGUGUACUUUUGGUAAUGUUAAUUUGAUGUACUUUUGGUAAUGUUAAUUUGAUGUACUCUUGUCAUUUUCA